AUGGUGUCUGUUGAGGAAAUUGGCGAAUCUGUAAAUACCAGAUAUGACAUGGAUCGUAAUAAAAAGAAUCUGGCUUUAAUAAUAAAUAACGUAAAGUUUGACAAAUCGACUAAAAUGUCUGGACGAGAAGGAUCCGAUAAAGAUGCAUCGGCAAUUACAGAGACAUUGGAGUCAUUGCAUUUUAAGGUGAUGGACCGCAAGAAUUUAUCAGUGGAAAGCAUGAAAGAAAUCUUUUUGGAAAUAUCUAUGAUGGACCAUAGGAACCAUAAUUGUUUCGUUUGUGUUAUAUUGAGUCACGGUGAAGACAAUAACGAGAUAUUUGGUAUUGAUGGCAAAGUAAAACUUGACGAAUUAAUGGAGCCGUUGUUUCCUGAAAAAUGCCCAGGUCUAAUAGGUAAGCCAAAACUAUUCUUCAUACAAGCCUGUCGGGGAAAGAAACGGGACAGUGGUGAAAUUAUGCACGAUGGCGGCGAUGUCAGAGUCGAAUAUCAAAAUGUCACAUCUCACAAAGUACCACUUUGGGCAGACGUGCUUCUGGCUUAUUCCACUGUCCCUGGAUUUUACUCCUAUACACGUAAUACGAUUGGAUCCUGGUUUAUUCAGUCGUUAGCUCACAUUUUAAGAAAACACGGAGACCGACUUGAACUGCAGCAAUUAAUGAUUUUGGUAAAUCGUAAGGUUGCCUAUGAAUAUGAGUCUAUAAACGGUGAUGACCGGUUGAAUAAAAAGAAACAGGUUCCUUGCAUAGCAAGCAUGUUAACGAAAGAAUUAUACUUUUACAAGUAAAUUAUUUUGUCUUCUUUCUCUCCUCGUGUACACGCACACUCUGUUAUCUUGUUAUACGUUUCAGCCAUAAGGCUGUGAAAAUACGAAGUAUAUGUAUAUUUUUAUUUAUAUUUAGCAGAGGUAACAGUUAUUCAGGGUCCGAGAGCUUCGUGUUUGAUAAGUGACAACACACGAAACUUUCCAACUUUGAAUCACUCUGUUACUUUUGAAGGCACAGCCGUCCACCUAGUGGUUUCCUUUAUAUAUACAUAUACAGUAAUCCUUUGAGAUCUCGUAUAAUUUUUCUGAAUUUCCUGAUUCUUUCAAUGUACUAGUUCCAUGGUAUUAAAUUGAUAUUAAUCAAUA